AUGCGGCCCGCCAUCCUCGCAGCAUUCAGCACCCUUCCCGCCGCUGCCAAGGCCACUUACCCUUUUGCUCCUGAGACGUUUGACGGCUCCUAUAAAGACAUCGGACUCCCCACCAUCUACGAUCUCUCCGCGACGCAGUCGACCAACUACAACGGGUCCUGGGCGACGGGUUCAUGGAUAACCAGCGUAAGCGGAGGGCAAUAUUUUGUCGUCUCGCAUUACGUGAAUGACGGAAUUCACGAUGUCUACCGGUCCUCGAUUCUUGAUUUAAGCAGCCUGAAGUACCGCUACUUCUUCCAAGCCGGCAAUGGCUCGUAUACUGCCUCGCCCCCUUCUCAUCUCAAGGCCGGCGUGGGGAAGGGCAAUGGUUUCGAAGGCAUUUCGAACGACAACUAUACCACUAUGCGUGUUCAGAGCUCGCACCCUAAUGUCACGUUCGAUCUCACCUACCAUGCAACGACAAAACCGCUCAUUAAUGGCGGCGCGGGUGUUGUGAUGCUGGGCGCCAGCGAAAGCAAGCAAUGGAGCCUCCCGGCCUGUUGGACCAAUGGUUUUCUGAUCGUUGGCGACGAGCAGAUUCCAAUUGAUCCAAAGCGCUCACUAACCUGGUAUGACCGGCAGUGGGGGACCGGUGGCCUCACAAACUGGACCUGGUAUGGCCUUCAUAUUCCCAAAACUGGCCAUGUCCUUAGUAUCUGGACAGGUGAUACAGAUGCCGACCGGGCUGCGCCAAUUACACCUGUGCGAUUUGCUACUGUUCGCAAUGCCUACGGGGCCCAGACAGUCUGUAAUAUUACUUGGAUACCAGAUCUCAGUCACAUAUUCCACUCAGAUUCCACCAACAAAAGUUAUCCUCUUGCCUGGACUGUUGAGAUCCCCAGUUAUGAUGCGAUCAUCAAAGUCAAGAGCCGCACGGAGAAUCAGUUGAAUACUGGUUCACAUGGGUCCGAACCCGAAGCUUAUAAUGGAUUUGUGACAUUCGCAGGCCAGUUCCAGGGGACAGAGACUGAGGGAUUUGGAAUAGUUGAGAUUGUGUACCUGUAG